ACAGCUCAUUUUCUCUCCCGCCAUGCCCGCACCCUGCUGCAUCUUCUCCCCUCCCCUUCUCUCACUCUCCACACCGAAGUCCUCCCCAUUUCUACCCUACCAGACUCUCCUCCAUUUCCGAGCCUUCAAUUUCUGCUCGCCCAAGACUCUUCACACCUCAAAAAACCCUCUCAAAUUCGGCAAAACCUUUUAUAAACUCCCUAAAUCAAUUUUCCCUGCCGAGUCUCAAGUCUCCGACGAAGAAGAUGAAGACGAAGGCGAAGAGCAACUAGAGGAGGAUGAUAAUGAAUAUGCGGACGACGAUGAAGAUAUUGCGGCUGAUGAAUACGACGGCGUGCGACACGAGGUGAGCGAAGAAGAGGAAGAAGAGGAAAUUGAGAGUUUUUCCGUGGUGGCCGAGAGUAAGGAGUCCAAGCAUGAGGAAUUCAAGUGGCAGAGAAUCACGAGGAUUUGUAACGAAGUUAAAGUGUUCGGCGAUGAAAUUCUCGAUGUUGAUGAGCUCGCUUCCAUUUACUCUUUCAGAAUUGAUAAAUUUCAGCGAUCGGCAAUUCAAGCAUUCCUGAGAGGAUCAUCAGUGGUGGUUUCUGCACCAACCAGUAGUGGGAAAACUCUAAUAGCAGAAGCUGCAGCAGUUGCCACAGUGGCCAAAGAAAGAAGAUUGUUCUACACAACUCCCUUAAAGGCUCUAUCUAAUCAGAAAUUCCGUGAAUUCCGUGAAGCAUUUGGUGAUAGUAAUAUUGGGCUCAUUACUGGAGAUUCAGCUAUUAACAAAGAUGCCCAAGUUGUAAUUAUGACUACAGAGAUUUUGCGCAACAUGCUGUAUCAGAGUGUAGGAGUUGUUUCAUCUGAAAGUGGACUUCUCCAUGUUGAUGUGAUUGUUCUGGAUGAAGUGCAUUACUUGAGUGACAUAUCUCGGGGUACAGUUUGGGAAGAGAUUGUUAUAUAUUGCCCAAAAGAAGUGCAACUUAUAUGCCUCUCAGCAACUGUUGCUAAUCCAGAUGAACUGGCUGGUUGGAUUAAUCAGAUUCAUGGUAAAACCGAGUUGGUGACAUCAUCCAAGCGUCCGGUUCCUUUGACUUGGCACUUCUCAACAAAGACAGCUUUGUUACCUCUUCUUAAUGAGAAAGGCACUGGCAUGAAUAGGAGGCUCUCACUAAAUCGCAUGGAACCUGAUUCUUUUGGAACUGAUUUCUCCAAGGAUGAAAGGCCCAGGAGAAGGAACUCAAGAAAACAUGAAAAUGAUGUAACUACACUUUCAAAGAAUGGUGUAAACACCACUCGCCGCUCACAAGUCCCUCAAGUUGUAGACACGUUAUGGCAGCUUAAGGGAUGGGAUAUGCUUCCUGCAAUUUGGUUUAUCUUUAGCAGGAAAGGAUGUGAUGCAGCGGUGCAGUAUCUUGAAGACUGCAAGUUACUUGAUGAGUGUGAGAUGAGUGAAGUUGAACUGGCACUGAAGAAGUUUCGUGUUCAAUAUCCUGAUGCUGUCAGAGAAUCUUCCGUGAAAGGUCUUCUCCGAGGGGCUGCAGCUCAUCAUGCUGGCUGCCUUCCCUUAUGGAAAUCUUUCAUAGAGGAGCUGUUUCAAAGAGGGCUAGUUAAGGUUGUUUUUGCCACGGAAACACUUGCUGCUGGAAUUAACAUGCCAGCGAGGACAGCUGUAAUUUCGUGUCUUAGCAAAAGGGGUGAAAGUGGACAUAUCCAGUUAAGCUCAAAUGACUUGAUGCAAAUGGCUGGCCGUGCUGGUCGUAGGGGCAUUGAUGAUAGAGGUCAUGCAGUUCUUGUUCAAACGCCAUAUGAAGGCCCUGAAGAGGGCUUCAAGCUUCUUUUUUCUGGCCUCAAGCCUCUUGUAUCACAGUUUACUGCUUCUUAUGGAAUGGUUCUGAAUCUUCUAGCGGGUACAAAAGUUAGAAGUAGAAUGAGUGAAUCAGAUGACAUAAAAGUCUUACAAGCAGGCCGGACUUUAGAAGAAGCGAAGAAGUUAGUUGAGCAGAGUUUUGGAAAUUAUGUUGGGAGCAAUGUUAUGCUUGCUGCCAAAGAAGAACUUGCUAGGAUACAAAAUGAUAUAGAGAUGCUGACUGCAGAAAUUACUGAUGAAGCUAUUGAUAGGAAAAGCCAGAAACUGUUGUCUCAAUCAGCAUAUAAAGAGAUUGCCACCCUCCAGGAAGAACUAAGGGCAGAAAAACGUAGGCGGACUGAUCUACGAAGAAAAAUGGAAUUGGAGAGACUCUUUUCUUUGAAACCACUGUUGAAGGAGCUCGAAGAUGGGCACUUACCCUUUAUGUGCUUACAGUAUAAUGAUACUGAUGGGGUUCAACAUCUGCUUCCUGCUGUCUAUCUGGGGCUGCUUGAUUCUCUGAAUGCUUCCAAACUUAAAAAAAUGGUCAGCAGUUCAGAUUCUUUUGCACUAAGUUUAGACAGACAAAUUUAUCAAUCAGGUUAUACUGGAUGCAAACAUGAAGUUGCACCAUCUUAUCAUGUGGCUCUUGGUUCGGAUAAUUCUUGGUAUCUUUUCACGGAAAAGUGGAUAAGAACAGUUUACAGGACUGGCUUUCCUAAUGUUCCCCUGGCUCAAGGUGAUGCUUUGCCUCGGGUAAUCAUGACAGAACUUCUUGACAAGGGGGACAUGCAGUGGCAGAAGCUUGUCGAAUCUGAGCUUGGGGGUUUGUGGUGCAUGGAAGGAUCUCUUGAGACGUGGUCUUGGAGUUUAAACGUGCCAGUCUCAAGUAGUCUUUCACAAGAUGAUGAGGUACUAAAACUAUCUCAAGCAUACUAUGAUGCAGUACAAAGCUACAAGGAUCAGAGAAAUAGAGUCUCCCGUUUAAAGAAAAAAAUUGCACGUAGCGAAGGCUUUAAAGAAUAUAAGAAGAUAACUGAUUUUGCCAAGUUUACUGAAGAAAAGAUUCGACGUUUAAUGGCCAGAUCAAAGCGUCUGACUAACAGAAUCAAGCAGAUUGAACCUUCUGGUUGGAAGGAAUUUCUGCAGGUCAGCAAUGUCAUACAUGAAGCUAGGGCCUUGGAUAUAAACACACACGUCAUAUUCCCCCUGGGUGAAACUGCAGCUGCAAUUCGGGGAGAAAAUGAACUCUGGCUUGCUAUGGUUCUUCGAAACAAGAUAUUGCUGGAUCUAAAACCUGCACAGUUUGCUGCUGUCUGUGGAAGCCUAGUUUCUGAAGGGAUUAAGAUCAGGCCCUGGAAAAAUAACAGCUAUAUAUAUGAAGCUUCCUCCACUGUGACCAACGUAAUCGAAUUUUUGGCAGAUCAAAGAAGCUCACUCUUAGAACUUCAGGAAAAGCAUGGAGUAAUGAUACCUUGCUGCUUGGAUAGCCAAUUUUCUGGUAUGGUUGAAGCCUGGGCUUCUGGUCUAACUUGGAGAGAGAUUAUGAUGGACUGUGCGAUGGAUGAAGGUGAUCUAGCUCGUCUCUUACGUCGAACAAUUGAUUUAUUAGCACAGAUUCCCAAGUUGCCUGACAUUGACCCACUACUGCAAAGCAACGCCAAGGGUGCAUCUGAUAUCAUGGACCGUCCCCCAAUAAGUGAGCUGGCGGGGUGAGCUAUGACGAGGACAUUAAUUGGAGAAAAUUAUCUAAUUGUGGGUGAUGGUGUCCAUUUCUACAAAUUUCAAGGGACUGUUGAUGAUGGCAGACAAAAGCUACAAGAACAUGCAGGUGAGGUGUGUGGCAAAUUAUUGGAAGGAAAUGAAAAAGUUCCAUACUUAGUUGCAUCAGUAGAGGUCCUGAAGGAGACUACAUAGCAUAAAUUGGUUGAUGUUUGAGACUUCAAUUGAAGUUUUUUGAACUCACACGUUACAUCCUGCCGCUAAUUUGACUAAAAUGGAAAACGUUACAUUUGCCACUUACUAUUGUAAGAGGAGAAACCAUUAUCAUCAUCAAGGGGUAGGUGGGGAACCAUUGUUGAUCCCUUUUAAAAAGGAAAAGAAUAGGAGAAACCAUUAUUCUUACAUAAGACGUGUUUACAUUUAUUUCGAUGAUUUUUUCUUA